AUGGGUUGCGAACAAUCGGUCAAAGUUAAACCGGCUAUAGAUUCACAACCAAUUACAAUCGAUGAAAGUGACACAAAUGUUUAUGUAAUUCCAAUAGUGCCAAAUGAUGAUUAUUUAGGUGAUAGACUUACGGUAAAAAGUUUUAAUGAACGUCGAAAAGAUAGUUACACGUCAAUUGAUACACUUAAUCGUAGUUCAAUAUUUGAAAGUGAGACAAUAAAAAUUGAUAUUCGACCGUUAGAUUUAUAUGCUUUUAACGAUGUAUUAAUUCAACAACGUCAAGCUGCUAUUGAUAAUAUUUUCUAUCGUAAGGCUAUUGAUUCAUGGCAAUCAACUUCUAUCGAAGAAUUAAUUAAUAAAAUUCAACAUCUUUCAUCAAAUAAAACUAUUAUUGAUAAAGCAUGGAUUAUAUUCUAUUGGGUUUCACAAAAUAUCGAAUAUGAUGUUGUGGGAUAUUUUUCAAAAAAUUAUACGAAUCAAACGGCUGAAGAAGUUUUUAAAUUGAAGAAAGGAGUAUGUGUAGGAUAUGCCAAUAUUUAUAAGCGAUUAUGUGAAAGUGUUGAUUUAGAAUGUGUUAAAAUUAAUGGUUAUGGAAAAGGAUAUGGAUUUGAUAUGAAAGCCACUCUUCUAACAGAAACUGAUCAUGCAUGGAAUUCAAUUCGAAUCGAUAAUCAUUGGUAUCUAAUUGAAUCUAUGUGGGCAGCAGGUGAUCUAACUGAUGAUAAACAAUUCAAAAAGAAAUUUGAUCCAUAUUAUUUUUUAUCAUAUCCCGAAGAAUUUAUCUAUAAACAUUUACCAGAAUAUGAAAAAUGGCAAUUGUUAAUUUCACCAAUUUCAUUGAAACUAUAUUCAACAUUGCCAUUAGUAUGGCCAUCAUUUUUCAAACUAAAAUUUGAACUUAUUUCACAUAAAUCAAAUAUUGUUCAACUUAUAAGUGAUAAAUCGUAUGCUGAAAUUCAUAUACGAACACCAGAAGAUAUAGAAUUAAUAGGUAGUCUAGAAUUUGAUAAGAAAAAAGUCGUAGGCGGUGAUCGAAUUUAUUAUGAUUCACGAAAACGAAUAUGGCGCUGUUAUUUUGCACCACAACAAAAUGGUUUUCAUGAAAUAUCUAUAUAUGGAAAACAGAAAAUGAUAGAAGACGAUUAUUUAAUCGCUAUUAAAUAUAGUUUAGAAGUAUUCGAUCUAAUCAGACCAGUAACUUUUCCAGAAACAUCAAAAGCCUAUUAUGAUUUAGGAUUGAAAUUAAUUAAGCCAAAGUUUCAACAUACGAUACAAUUGGUAGGUGAUACCACACAUGUUGAAAUACUCAUUGAAACACCUGAAGAUGUUGAACUAUUAGUCAAUUUAAUUAAUUCGAAUGGAGAAGAUGUUGUUGGUGGUCAUAAAAGUUACUUUGAUAAAACAAAUUCGUUAUGGCGAUGUUUUUUUGCACCACAGGCAACAGGAAUACAUGACAUAAUAAUACUUGCAAAGAAAAAAUCAUUUCAUGAUGUAUACACACAAGUCUUAAAAUUUUAUCUUGAUGUAAGACAGUUACCAUCUCGUUCAAUAUCGUAUCCAAAUAUUUCAUCAUACUUUUAUGCUUAUGAUUUAGAAAUAAUUACACCGCAUAACAGUCGAUUCGCUAUGUGGUCUAAAAAUGCGUCCUAUUGUGAAAUACUUCUUCGAGCUCCUUGUAAUAUUGAAUUAUCUGGUGCUAUUACAUACAAAGAUGAGAAAAUAAAAAAUGGAAGUCUAUUGCAAUAUGAUGCCGAUAAAGAUGUUUGGCAAUGUUUAUUUACAUCUCAACAAACAGGUUUACACAAAAUUAUGUUAUACGCAAAAAAAAUUGAAGAUGAAUCUAGUACAUUAAAUUUAGUUGUUGAUUUUGAUUUGAAUGUUAUUGAUUUAAAACGAUCAAUUACAUUUCCGAAAAUUUAUAAUCAAUUUCAAAAGACAAAAUGUAAAAUUUAUGAACCAUUAGAAAAUAAUUUGAAAAAAGGUUCUAUUGUGACACUUCAUUAUCGUAUACCAGAUGCUGAUCAAGUUCAAAUUCGUCUCGAUUCAGAAUAUCAACCAGAAGUUGAUUAUGAAAAUGAUAUUGUCAAAUGUCAAAUUAUCGUACCAAAAGAAAAUAUAAUAAUUAUGGCUAGUUAUAAGGGUGAGACAAGUUUUCAACCAUUAAUUGAAUAUACGUUCAAACUUUUCAUGAAUAAUAGCUGUUAA